UUGACAGCAUCCUUCCUAUAGAAGGGCAACCUGAAUUGCAUGGAAUAUUCCAAAAGAGGCCUCACCAAUGUCCUGGAACCUCCUGCCCAGCAGCAGCACACCACCACUUUCUCAAGGGCACUUAAGGCCUGGCAAUAAAUACUGGCUUAGCUGGUGUAAUCCAGACCCUAUUGUCACAACACAGGGUAAUAUUGCCCACCACCCACAAUUUUAAACCAGCAGCACAGAAAAACAAUUAUCCCAUGAGAGGCCAAGAACAAUCCCAAAGAAACUGGCAUUCUGCAGCUUGCUCUCUUGUACUGCGCGAUGUACAUCCAUACGCAACUGAGGCCACACAGGCAGUGCUGGAGAAAACCGCCACGGAGGCACCUGUAGUCAAAACCAUAAAGGAGAAGAAGAUAGCUGCAACGGAAUCAAAGUCGUUUGCUGUGAACAUGUUUCGGGGUCAGGUCCAAACGGAGCAGGUGUUCCCCUUCCCCUCUGUUCUGAAUGAUGAGCAGGAGCAGUUUCUCCGGGAAUUAGUGGGACCUGUCAGCAAGUUUUUCCAGGAGGUCAAUGACCCAGCUGCCAAUGACUCACUGGAGAAAGUGGAGGACAGCACAAUGGAAGGCCUGAAAGAGAUGGGGGCGUUCGGCCUACAGGUGCCUUCUGAGCUUGGGGGACUGGGGCUCACCAACACACAGUAUGCCCGACUGGUCGAAAUUGUUGGCAUGCAUGACCUGGGUGUAGGCAUCACUCUGGGUGCCCACCAGUCCAUUGGAUUCAAAGGGAUUCUUCUGUUUGGAAAUCUUGCCCAGAAGAAGAAAUACCUUCCGAAGCUGGCAACAGGAGAAACAAUCGCUGCUUUCUGUCUGACUGAACCUGCCAGUGGCUCUGAUGCUGCAUCAAUCAAAACCACAGCCAAAAAGAGUGACUGCGGAAAGUACUAUAUCCUUAAUGGGGGCAAGAUCUGGAUCAGUAAUGGUGGUCUGGCAGAUAUCUUCACUGUCUUUGCUAAAAUGUCAGUGAAAGAUGAAACAACCGGUGAAGUGAAGGACAAAAUCACCACGUUCAUUGUGGAGCGGGGAUUCGGAGGAGUGACAAGUGGGCCGCCAGAGAAGAAGAUGGGCAUUAAAGCAUCAAAUACAGCGGAAGUGCACUUUGAGGAUGUGAAGGUGCCGGUGGAGAACGUGCUGGGAGAGAUUGGUGGUGGCUUCAAGGUGGCCAUGAAUAUUUUGAACAAUGGACGCUUUGGCAUGGCAGCUGCUCUCUCUGGGACCAUGAAAGGAGUCAUUGCCAGGGCAGUUGACCAUGCUGCUAAUCGGACCCAGUUUGGGAACAAGAUUCACAACUUUGGUGCCAUUCAGGAGAAGGUUGCUCAUAUGGCAAUGCUGCAGUAUGUGACAGAGUCAAUGGCGUACAUGAUCAGUGCAAACAUGGACUCAGGAGCAACUGAAUUCCAGAUAGAAGCUGCCAUCAGCAAGAUCUUUGCAUCUGAGGCUGCCUGGACUGUUACUGACGAAUGUAUUCAGCUCAUGGGCGGAAUGGGCUUCAUGAAGGAUGCUGGUGUUGAGCGGGUGAUGAGGGACCUUCGGAUCUUCCGCAUUUUUGAGGGAACAAAUGAUAUUCUUCGGCUUUUUGUUGCACUCAAUGGUAUUCAGACCACUGGGAAUCGCCUAAAAGGACUGCAGACGGCACUGAAGAAUCCCAUCGAAAAUGCCAGUCUGUUAAUGAGUGAAAUCAGCAAGCGGGCACGAAGGAAGGUUGGGCUUAGUACAGGCAUGAGCCUGAGUAACAGUGUACGUCCAGAACUGAAGCAAAGCGGAGAACUGGCAGUGAAAGCUAUUGAAAAAUUUGGUGGCUGUACAGAAGAUUUGCUGUUGAAAUAUGGCAAGAGAAUUGUAGAUGAACAGUUCCUGCUGAAAAGGGUAGCAGAUAGUGCCAUUGACUUGUAUGCCAUGGUAGUUGUUCUCUCCCGGGCUUCCCGUUCUCUGAGCCAAGGUCAUGCGACUGCUCAACAUGAGAAACUGCUCUGUGACACCUGGUGCAUUGAGGCAUACGCUCGCAUUAUGGACAAUCUGAAUGCCCUCACUUCCAGCUCUGCCAAGCAGGCCUUCAAGAACAUGCGGGCUAUUUCUGCAGCGGUGGUGAGCAAUGGUGGCAUCGUGAAUCCUCAUCCCUUGGGAUUUUAAAAAGGGAAACCACUCUGCCUUGCCAGAUCAGAAUGUAAAUCCACAGUCAGAUCUACUCAGGAUCUAACACAUCAGUCUUUAAAAAUUGGAAGGUUUAAUUACUGACACUGAUCUCCCCUCUCCGUUUCAGACUGGGAAUGCCAUGAUUGGUGCUGUUGCAGUUUUGAGUCCUGGAAAAGUUUUUAAGUAGCAAUGCCCAAAUGAAUUACAUUUAUCCUUGCACUUGUUAACCACUAGCAUUAUCACUAGGGCUUUAUUUAAUAACAGUCUGCUUUAUGGCUGACAAUGGCAUAGUGGUAAUGUAACUGGACUAGUAAUCCAGAGGCCUAGACUAAUGCCCUGGGGACUUGGGUUCACAUCCCACCAAAGCAGCUGGAGAAUUUAAAUUCAGUCAGUAGUUCUGGAGUUGAAUGUCGAUCACAGUCGUGGUGACCGUGACAACUAUCAUCAAUGGUUGUAAAACCCCAUCUGUGUCAUUUAGAGAGGAUAUCCGCUGAUCUUACCCAGUCUGACCUACAUGUGACGCCAUACCCAGAGAAAUAUGGUUUGCUCUUAACUACCAUAAGAUCAGGGAUAUACAACUAUUGUUUGAGUCAGCAACCUUGAUAGCCCAUGAGAAAAUGAAGGAAAAAGUAUUACUGGGUACAGUCUGAUAGAGGUCUGGUUACAUUACCCUGCGAUGUUUGAGGAGGGACAGUAUAUAAGGAGCUUUAUUCCGUAGCUAACACUGUCCCUAUACUAGGAGUGUUUGAUGGGAAUGUUUUACAGUGCCUGACAUUCAUUAAUGUUCUUUACAACUAUUAGACAGAGAGGAGGUAUAAGGUUCUGCCAGAAGCUGCAGCAGGUUCAUCAUCAGUAUGUUGACAUUGCUGCUAUUAUUUGAAACUUUACCUGCAGCUUGAUUCUGCUAAAUAUGUGGGCACUUUCUUUAAAAAAUCAUUCAGUCGAAGGAAGCAAGUCCAACAUUCAUUGUCCAUCCUCAGUUGCCAUAAUUGGCAGUGCCAUUUCAAUGCAAAGUCCCGAUAGUGUCUUCUAUCUUUGCUGAAAAUUUAGUGAUUAGAGUCAUUAUAUAUUUCUCACAUGAACAAUGCAGGUUUAAUAUCUGCCAGUUUAAAUCAGAAAAAUAAAGACAAUUGAAUUGGAAGCUGAAUUUACAACAAAUCAACAGCUUGAACUGCAGAAAUCUCUUUGCUGAAAUACUUCCUGUUCUGCAAGUCUGAGUGUGCUGAGUGUGAUUGGAGAGAAAUAACUGGUGCCAGUGCACAGCAAGGCCUCCCUGAAAGAGCCUAAUUGUUCUGUAUUUUUAUUGGUGUUUUAAAUAGUUCUUUGCAUUGCCCUGUGAACUGUAACCCACCAGCCAAAAGCAAAAAAUGGUGACUCCAGGCUUCAUGGGCCAGAAGCAGCCUCGCAGCCCUCUGCCCCUGAGAGAUGCUGGUCAUGUUCCAAUCAGCAAUGUUGUGUAUUUGCUGGAACUUGCUAACAGUAUUCAUUCAAAAUCCCUGAUUGAAAAGGAUUGGAUCACCAUUGCUGAAAGAAACUUAAAUCGAGCACAUCCUGCUCAUGUAACUCUCACAAAGACUAAAACCAAACCCACCCCCAGAUUCCCAAUUGCUGCAUUAACUUUAAGCCAUACAGUUAUAAACCAGGCAGAAUGUGUUUAUUAUUAGGGUGCCUAUGAUUGUGAUUUAGAGAGAGGAGUUUGGCCAGUACGUAAAUUCAUAUGAACCUUUGUACAGAGAUGUUGACAGGAAUGAAGCAGGCAACAAUUGCCCAUCCUGUCCCCUGUUCAUCAGAAUAAGCUGCAGGUCAUUGCCUGUUUGCCCAGGGAACCACUGGCCAUAUUCAUCCCAGAAUUCAGAUUUCCAACUGUGCGCACAUAAAUGCAAAAGAGUCUUAUCAUAAGAUAAUCAGGCAAAGAAACGCAGGACUAAUCUGUCAUUCUGGGAGCUGUUUGUAGUUUUAAAAGAAUAAACAAUUUAUUAUCCAAUGCA